AUGGAAGAACAGAUAGAACAAGCGGUAGCUUAUGCAUUAAGUCCCACAGCAGAUCAAAGCCUGAAAAAUCAGGUUGGUAGUUGGAAAUCAAAGGUUCCUCUGGCUAUCAAUUUUUGCGAUCAAGUAAAGGUAUCUCCCGAUGGUUGGCAUUUAUGCUUAUCUUUGUUCGUAAGGUUUCCAAAAAGUACACCAGAGGCUCGUUUGUUUGCUUUACAAGUUCUGGAAGAUGUGAUGCAAAAUAGAUUUUUGAGUCUUAACAAAUCACAAGUUAUUCAGAUUCAAUCCACAUUAAUGGAAUUCGUUAAACGAGAAUAUGUGAUUGGAGAAGGCGGUGGAGUUGAUCUUGGUGCCGAACCAUUAUACCUGAAGAACAAAUUUGCCCACACUUUAACUUUACUUUUCAUUCAGAUGUAUCCUUCGGAUUGGCACGAUUUUUUCGAUCAGUUUCUGGAACUACUUCAAACAAAUACGGUGAAUGGAAGCAAGACAAAUAUUCGUACAGUAGACAUUUUUUUGAGAAUAUUAAUGUCAAUUGAUGAAGAAGUUGCAAAUAUAGUAGUUCCGAGAGGAAAAGAUCAGGCUCAUAGAAAUACAGCAAUCAAAGACAAUAUGAGAGCAGGCGAUAUACAAAAGCUCACAUCUACUUGGUAUGAAAUAUUGAGUGAUUAUCGUGCUCGAAAUCCAGAGAUUGCCGAAAUGUGUUUAAAAGUAAUUGGUCUUUACAUUGCUUGGAUUGAUAUUAAUUUAAUCGUGAACGACGCAUUUAUUACGCUUUUAUAUGAGUUAUUGACCGAUACGAAGCUUCGAAUUGCCGCUUGUGAAUGCUUGUCAGAGAUUGUAUAUAAAGGAAUGAAACCUGUAGAAAAACUCAAAUUGAUUGAGUUUUUAAGUUUGACUAAUAUUAUGGGAAGUUUGGAAUUUACAGAAGAUAUUGAUUUUGUGGAACAUGUUGCAAAAUUAACUAAUGUUUUAGGUGUAGAAUUAUGUAAAAUCUGGGAAGGGGCGGAUACUGAAACAAAAACUAUAGCUUACAAUCAAAUAGAACUGUUACUUCCAUUUUUAUUAAAAUUUUUGGCGAAUGAAUAUGAUGACGUAUCUUGUGCUGUAUUUUCAUUCGUAUCAGCUUUGCUGACGUUUUUUAAAAAGCAAAAGAAGCAAGUUGGAUCUUUAACUGGACCACAGCUUGAAUUUUUAGAUUCAUUACUUAAAAUGCGAAAGAAUCUAAAAGCAUUUUUUGAUGCAAUUUUUAAUAUCGAUGAAAGUUUAUUUACUUCUUACGUUCAUACUGCUGUGGUUAAUACCCUAGAAAAGUAUCAAAUGGUUGAAAAUUCAGUUGACUGGAGAGAACUCGAAUUAGCUUUACACGUAAUGAUUCAAUGCAAUGUUUCAACAUUUCAACACCCAGCAAUACCUUUGAUAUUUUUUGAAAACGUAGUACGAUACUAUCAAUUUUUUGAAGUGCAACCAGAUUGUAUUCCCAGUAUACUCGAAGCUUUUGUGGAUUCGCGUGGGUUACAUAAUAGUAUUUUACAGAUUCGUACUCGAUCUUGGUACCUGUUCUAUCGUUUUGUGAAAUUGCUCAAAUCAAGAAUGGGACCCUAUGUGGAGAAUGUGUUGACUAGUAUUCAGGAUUUAUUGAUAGUACAAGCUGAUCUUUCUUCAGUAGACGCAUCAGAAGGGGCUAUAACAAGAGAUCAAGCAAUGGAAGGAGGAUUUGAUGAUCAAAUUUACCUUUUUGAGACCGUUGGUACAUUGAUCACAGUCGAAUCUAUUCCUGCUGAUCGUCAAACGGAAUUUGCAAAGAUUGUUAUUAGUCCUCUGCUGGCAGAUAUUGAAAGAAAUUUAACCACAGAAUUGUCGGAGCCUAAAGAUCUUAAUGUACUUCAGCUGCAUCACUUGAUUAUGGCAGUUGGUAGCAUUGGAAAAGGAUUUCCAGAAGCUCCAAAAAAUGAGGCGCCAAAUGCUCAGUGGGUUGUAUUACUCAAACAGUCUACUGAAGCUAUAUUAGUCGUGCUUAAAGCUUUAAGUCGGUUUGAAAUCAUUCGAGAUGCCGCAAGGUUUGCAUUUGCAAGACUUGUAAAUAUUCUCGGUGUAGAGGUUUUGCCUUAUCUUCCAGAAUUAAUUACUGGAUUGCUUAAUGAGUGCCAAGUCUCAGAAUUAUUGGAUUCUUUACCUUUUAUUGGACUACUAUCUUAUAAAUUUAAUCCAUCAAUUUAUGAUAUUUUAAAUGAGUUAAUUGGUCCUUUGAUUAUUAAAGUUUUUUUUGUUUUAAAUCAAACGCCAUCUGGAACGGAUGAAGCAGUGCUAUUAUUGAAUCUUCGAAAAGCAUAUCUUAGUUUUAUAUUAAGUCUACUAAACGGUGGAAUGGAUGCAGUCUUUGUUAGUGAUUUAAAUCAACCGCGCUUGGAAAAUAUACUUCAAAGUGUUGUUCAUUACGCGAGUGAUCUCGUUGAUUUACCAUCGGCAAGAACUGCUUUUAGUAUCCUUUCAAAAACGGUAACAUUAUGGGGUAGCCUCCCCAUACAGACUUCAACAAAUAACGUUGACUCUGGUCGAUCUCUUCCUGGCUUUGAACAAUUUAUGUAUGAGCACAUAUUGCGAAUUUGUUUUGAAGUUCCGAUGAAGCCUGCAUUUAACAUAACAGAUGGACAAUCAGUUCUGGUAUUAAAUGAAAUACCAGGUAUAAUUAGGACUAUGUAUUCGCAACGAGGACACGAGUUAAUUGAUUAUUUAAGAAGAGUUUGGUUACCACAAAAUCUUGCUGAUGAAUUUGUGCAGGCUCUACAACAAUUGGAUCAAAAAGGAUUCAAAACAUAUUUUCGGACAUUUGUUCAACGAUCAAAAUCAUGA